UUGCCUUCCCUUUCACACUCGAUGCUUCACUUUCUCUCCUGACGGAGGGACGGACGGUCAGAGAGGAGGAGGAGGAGGAGGAGGACGGGGGGAUGCCAUGGAUGAUGGUACAGUCGCAGCCCGGAUGCAAUGCAGCCUGACGGCGAUGGUGCAGUGUGGUGGAAUUUCAUAAUCAGGACUAGGAAGGAAGGAAGGAAGGAAGGAAGGAAGGGAGGAGCAGGAGGAGGGAGGGAGGAGGAGCUUGGCUAUGGCGUAACUAACCAAUCGGGUAGGGUUUGGAAACUCAUUCGUGGUGGUGGUGGUGGUGGUGAUAGGGUUGUUGCGGGGCAUGGUUUAGGAAUAAGGAGAGCAUUGGUGGUUGGUUGCAAAGAGUGAGGGAGGGAGGGAGACAAGGGGAUGGAUUACAGUGCGUUGUGAAUAGCAGAGGGCGUGAGGGGGAAGAAUUGAGCGUCGGGGUGAAAUGGCGUAUGCGAUGCGGCCGCCGCAGACAGGGCUGAUGGGGGAUCACUUGACGAUUAUGACGAGCGUGCCGAAUAUAGCGCCCUUGGCGACCAUGCAAAGCGCCUCGGACAUGGCCGGGGAGUCGGUAGUGACGCCGGACGGGCGGAGAGGGGUCAAGAAGGAGGACCGCAUCCCGCAAUGGGGGUACCACGAGACGAAGGAGUUUAUUGCCAUCCGCGCGGAGCUCGAGAAGGAUUUCACGCAGACUAAGCGGAACAAGACGUUGUGGGAGCUCAUCUCCGGGAAGAUGAAGGAGAAGUCGUACCGGCGAAGCGCGGAUCAGUGCAAGUGUAAAUGGAAGAACCUCGUCAAUCGAUAUAAGGGUAAAGAGACAUCCGAGCCUGACAAUGGGAGACAGUGUCCUUUCUUCGAAGAACUGCAUACGAUUUUUGUUGAACGAGCGAAGAACAUGGAUAGGUUGUUACUGGAAUCUGAACCCGGCUCUCGGCCAAAGAAGAAGGUCAAGCGGGGAGAACUGAAGCUCUCUGAUGAGGACACUGAAGAAGAAGAGGAGAACAAAGACGACGACGAAGAUGAGCGUCUACAGCGUCGGAAAAAAAGGAAAUCUGACAAAGAGCGGCAGCGCGUGACAGCCGACAAGUAUCGGGCUAACAGCAUGCAAGAAGUGCUGGAAGAUUUUUUCCAGCAGCAGCUGAAGGCUGAGGCUAUGUGGCGCGACAUUCUGGACAGCCGGGAGAUGGACAGGCGUUUGAAGGAGCGAGAGUGGCAGAAGAAUAUGGAAUUCCUCGAACAUGAUCGGAUUGCUCGAGAACAUGCAUGGCGAGAGCGGGAAGAUGAAUGGAGAGAGAGGGAGGAGCUGCGUGCCGAGAAGCAAGACGAGAUUUUUGCUCAGCUUUUUACAAAAUAUGCGCAACGAAACGCUUCGAGAUAAUCCAAGUAGAUAUACCUUUAGUAUAUGGGUCUAGAGCAUAUUCCUAGGACACCUAAGCCAUAGGGACAGCAUCGCAUGAAUUGCCGUGUGUGGUGAAGCGCUCGAACAUCUAGUUGCAGAAAUGACUGUAGCUUCACUGCAUCGGCGAUGGGCCUUGUGGGGAGAAUUGAGUCUCGACUUCCAUGCUGAUCCAUCGCUCAAUUAUCUUUGCUGUACGUUGUAGAUUUACUGUUCAUACGAAUCGCAGGACUUCAGACCACAGAAUUGGAUAUCCCUUGUAGCUCACAACUUGUUCAUGCAACGGCAUGUAGUGAAAUAUCUCGCUACUUUGAACCUUAAAAACGAAGACUGAUCCGUUCAAAGUUUUAAGAGCCAUUCUGAUGGGUAUUUAGUAUAUUUUAAUUCU